GCUUGUCAUACUAGCAGCAGUACAGCAGUCACUGACGAUAUGAUGAAGAGUAAGGCCGAUGAAGAAGACUACUGGCACAGCUCCAAGUUUAAAGCCUUCACCUUCGAUGAUGAUGACGAUGAAUUCAGCAGGUUGAAGGAGUCACGGCAGGCGGUGAACAGUAUCCGGCGGCUGGUGGAGGAAGACGAUGAUGAAGACGAUGUUGAGAAAGUCAGCUGGAGCGGCGAGCCAGUCGGCAGUAUUUCCUGGUCUGUUAAAGAGACAGCAGCAUCCAAUCAGAGAGCAGACAGAGAGCCCACCUUCCCCAGGAUCAGCACUGACACACCAUCUAUCAGCAGGAGUCAGUCAGGAUACUCUCUGAGCUCUCUGUUCAAAGGAAAACCUAAAGGAGGAAACUUCCAGACCUUCAGUGAUGUGCUCAGUGACUCGUCUCUCAGGCUCUAUGCUCCCGAGCUCAGAAAACCUAAGUCUGAGUACAAGGAUUAUGUCAGUGACUGGUCGCCUGAAGAGGUAGUUCAGAGACUUCAGCAAGGAAAGGCCGUGUCUCUGGAGAAGUUCCGUUCGCUGCAGGACAAACUGCUGCUGCUCGAUCUCGCUGUUGCGGCUCAUGAUGGAAACGUUAUCACGGCUGUUCUAAUUUAUCUAAAGAGGACCCUCUGUAAAGGUGAGUCUGUGGUCCUGGUUCCAGUCCUGAUUCUGGACCUCAGGGUUCUACCCAGAACAUUUUUUCAGAGAGGAUUUUCAGUUAUGUACGUAGGACCGAUGCAGAACUCUCAAUCAGGCCUUAUUAGAUCGAUAGAGUGA